GGUUUCCCAAACCAUCACGAAAAAUAGGUAAGAGUAAAAAGAAAAAUACAGAUCUCAGAAACACACGCCAGAGUUGCUCAAAGUUCAAUGCAAAUUCUUAUCCUCCGAACCUCGGAAACUACGUACAAUUCCUAAAGACAUUUCUCAAAGCCGCAGGAAUAAUUAGCGUACACCGUUUUUUCUCUUUUUCACGACUCCAAUGAGCUCCAAAGAAUCCGAUACAUGCCGAUUUUGCUGAGCCUCGAUCUGUUAUGUGAGAGCUGGUCGUGACAAUGUCAAGGCCAUGGGUACUGGUUUGUCUGCUCUUGUUAAUUGUAUUCACAUCACAGUUUGAGUGGAAGCAACAAUAUGGGAAUGAGCUUGAAGCUAGUUCAAUCACAUCCCAGAAACAGAACUAUAUAUCUGAAAGAGAGGAAGCUGUGAAAGAAAAGAUUAUCCUCUCUCAAGAGAAGAAUAUUCAGAAACUUAAUGAGAUUGUGCAAAGUCUUCGAGAAGAAUUGUUACAUUGCAGGGGUGGAAGUGAGGUUGUCAAUAGCACAGCAACCCAUUUGACUGAACUUCUAACUGAGCUUGAGCGUCAUCCAAUCUUGGAGGAUUAGUUAUGGGUCGAACAUGUUGAAUCAAUGUGUUUGAUAAUUGUAAGUAGGAAAACCUUGUUAUCUUUCCAAGCUAUGCUACUUCAUUCUAAGGUUCUAUCCAAAUUGUAAUAGUUGACUACUUGACUUACAAAACACAACAUUAAAUCCACAUAUUCUAUUGUUAAUAUGUCAUGAUUGUCAAUGUCUGUAUGUUCUAUGCUUUCCUCUGUUGUGGUUGUAUUCUGUCUAUGUAGCAUUGACCAAUCAUGAAGUAAUUUUAAUGGUUAUUGGUGAUGUUGGU